AAGCUUCUGCCCUUCGCAGUGGCUUCCCACAUUCAGUCUUCUGGUUCGUUUGUUCGUCGUUCAACCUUUCCGGUGGUCGUUCGCCACCUUAAAUCAUGUCUGACGGAGGCGGAGGAGACGAUAACGCCGGCACCAUGGAGGUGUCGGCGGUUCACACGGUGGCAGAUGCGGCGGUGCUGCAAAAGCAUAUUCGCAAACUAGUCCCGCUCCUCCUGGAAGAUGGCGGCGAGGCCCCGGCCUCUCUGGAAACCUCCCUGGAGGAGAAGAGCACCGUGGAGCAAAUGAGGAAAUUUCUGGGAGACCCCCAAAUUCACACUAUCUUGGUCGAAAGAAGCGCGCUUAAAGAGGAUGUUGGUGAUGAAGGAGAGGAAGAGAAGGAGUGCAUCACUUACAACAUCAGCAUUGACAUCCAUUACGGGCUUAAGUCCAACAGCUUGGCUCUGAUCAAGAGGACGGGUGUCAUCGAUGCAGACAAGCCCAUCUCCACACAAGUUCGAGUCCUGACCCUGAGUGAGGAUUCUCCCUAUGAGACUCUCCACUCUUUCAUCAGCAAUGCCGUCGCUCCCUUCUUCAAGUCCUACAUCCGCGAGUCUGGAAAGGCAGACAGAGACGGUGAUAAAAUGGCACCUUCCGUCGAGAAAAAGAUCGCCGAGCUGGAAAUGGGCCUUCUCCACCUGCAGCAGAACAUCGAGAUCCCCGAGAUCAGCCUGCUCAUCCACCCCAUAAUCGCCAACAUCGCCAAGCAGUGCUACGAGCGCGGGGAGAAGCCCAAAGUCACCGACUUCGGGGAUAAAGUGGAAGACCCCACCUUCCUCAACCAGCUGCAGUCUGGAGUUAACCGUUGGAUCAGGGAGAUACAGAAGGUGACGAAGCUGGACCGUGACCCAGCGUCCGGUACAGCCCUGCAGGAGAUCAGUUUCUGGCUCAAUUUAGAGCGGGCCCUCAACAGGAUCCAGGAAAAGAGGGAGAGCCCAGAGGUUCUACUCACCUUAGACAUCCUCAAACAUGGCAAACGUUUCCACGCCACUGUCAGUUUUGAUACGGACACUGGUCUGAAACAGGCAGUGGAAACCGUCAAUGACUACAAUCCCCUGAUGAAAGACUUCCCACUCAACGACCUGCUCUCCGCCUCGGAGCUAGAUAAAAUCCGGCAGGCCCUGAUGGCCAUAUUCACCCACCUGAAGAAGAUCAGGAACACCAAGUACCCCAUUCAAAGAGCACUGCGUCUGGUCGAGGCCAUCUCCCGAGACCUCAGCUCCCAGCUCCUGAAAGUGUUGGGCACCAGGAAGCUCAUGCAUGUCGCCUACGAGGAAUUUGAGAAGGUGAUGGUGGCUUGCUUCGAGGUGUUCCAGACCUGGGAGGACGAGUAUGAAAAACUACAGGUUCUUCUAAGGGACAUAGUGAAGAGGAAGCGAGAGGAAAACCUAAAGAUGGUGUGGCGUUUGAGCCCCGCCCACAAGAAGCUUCAGACGCGUUUGGAUCACAUGAGGCGCUUCAGGAGGCAGCACGAGCAGCUGAGGGCAGUCAUUGUUCGUGUUUUAAGGCCUCAGGUUUCUGCUGUGCCGCAGCAUGCACCAGGAGAGACGGUGGAGCCUCAGGACAUGAAGGUAGCUGGAGUUCUAUUUGACGCGGCCGAUGCCAACGCUAUCGAGGAGGUCAACCUGGCUUAUGAGAACGUCAAAGAGGUGGAUGGCUUGGAUGUGUCCAAGGAGGGAAUGGAAGCUUGGGAAGCAGCCAUGAAGCGUUACGACGAGCGCAUUGACCGCGUGGAGACCCGUAUCACCGCCCGCCUGCGCGACCAGCUGGGAACCGCCAAGAACGCCAACGAGAUGUUCCGCAUUUUCUCCCGCUUCAACGCACUCUUUGUGCGGCCCCACAUCCGCGGUGCCAUCCGCGAGUACCAGACACAGCUCAUCCAGCGUGUGAAAGACGACAUCGAAUCGCUGCAUGACAAGUUCAAAGUGCAGUACCCUCAGAGCCAGGCUUGUAAGAUGAGCCACGUGCGAGAUCUGCCUCCCGUGUCGGGAUCCAUCAUCUGGGCCAAGCAGAUCGACCGGCAACUGACGGCGUACAUGAAGAGGGUGGAAGAUGUUCUUGGAAAAGGGUGGGAGAAUCACGUGGAGGGACUCAAACUGAAGCAGGAUGGAGAUAGCUUCAGGGCGAAGCUCAACACUCAGGAGAUUUUUGAUGAUUGGGCGCGAAAGGUGCAGCAGCGGAACCUCGGCGUAUCGGGACGCAUCUUCACUAUCGAGAGCACCCGCGCUAGAGGGCGCACAGGAAACAUGCUGAAGCUCAAAGUCAACUUCCUCCCUGAGAUCAUCACCUUGUCCAAAGAGGUGCGCAAUCUCAAGUGGCUGAACUUCCGCGUGCCCCUGGCCAUCGUCAACAAAGCCCACCAGGCCAACCAGCUCUACCCGUUUGCUAUCUCUCUCAUUGAGAGCGUGCGCACCUACGAGCGCACGUGUGAAAAGGUGGAGGAGAGGUUCUCCAUCUCCCUCCUGGUGGCCGGGCUGAAGAAAGAGGUUCAGGCACUCAUUACUGAGGGCAUCACUCUGGUGUGGGAGUCCUACAAGCUGGACCCUUAUGUUCAGAGGUUGGCUGAGACUGUUUUCAACUUUCAAGAAAAGGUGGAUGACCUUCUGCUGAUUGAGGAGAAAAUUGAUCUAGAGGUCCGCUCUCUGGACACCUGCAUGUUCGACCAUAAGACCUUCUCUGAAAUCCUCAAUCGUGUCCAAAAAGCUGUGGAUGACCUCAACUUGCAUUCCUAUUCAAACUUACCCAUCUGGGUCAACAAGCUGGACAUUGAGAUCGAGCGUAUCCUCGGAGUGCGUCUGCAAGCCGGCCUCAAGGCCUGGACCCAGGUGCUCCGUGGUCAGGUAGAGGACAAAGCUGACGUGGACAUGGACACAGAGGCUCCUCAAGUGAGCCAUAAACCUGGAGGCGAGCCCAAAAUCAAGAACGUUGUCCAUGAGCUCAGGAUCACAAACCAGGUCAUCUACCUUAACCCUCCUAUUGAAGACUGUCGCUACAAGCUCUACCAAGAGAUGUUUUCCUGGAAAAUGGUCAUCCUUUCUCUUCCAAGGAUCCAGAGCCAGAGAUACCAGGUUGGGGUCCACUACGAGUUGUCAGAGGAGGAGAAGUUCUACCGAAAUGCUCUUACCAGAAUGCCUGAUGGGCCAGCAGCCUUGGAGGAGGCUUACAAUGCAGUGGAAGACAUUGUCGGUGAGGUUGAGCAGUAUGUCAAGGUGUGGCUGCAGUACCAGUGCUUGUGGGACAUGCAGGCUGAGAACAUCUACAAUCGCCUGGGCGAAGACCUCACUAAGUGGCAGGCCCUUCUCGUCCAAAUCCGUAAAGCACGCGGAACCUUUGACAACGCAGAGACAAGAAAGGAGUUUGGACCAGUGGUCAUAGACUAUGGCAAGGUCCAGUCCAAGGUGAAUCUGAAAUAUGACUCUUGGCACAAAGAGGUGCUCAGCAAGUUUGGCCAAAUGCUCGGUCAGAACAUGCAGGAUUUCCAUGCCCAGAUCUCCAAGUCCCGUCAAGACCUUGAGCAACAUUCCGUGGACACCGCAAGCACAUCAGAUGCUGUCAACUUCAUCACAUAUGUCCAAACGCUGAAGCGUAAAAUCAAACAAUUUGAGAAAAAUGUGGAUUUGUUUCGUAAUGGGCAGCGGCUGCUUGAAAAGCAGAGAUUCCAGUUCCCUCCAUCUUGGCUCUACAUCGACAACAUCGAAGGAGAAUGGGGGGCCUUCAGUGACAUAAUGAAGCGUAAAGACACUGCUAUCCAACAACAGGUGGCCAACCUGCAGAUGAAGAUCGUCCAGGAGGACAAAGCUGUCGAAAACCGCACCACUGACUUGCUUAAUGACUGGGAAAAGACAAAACCUGUUGCUGGUAACCUGCGUCCUGAGGAGGCUCUUCAGUCUCUGACCAUCUAUGAAGGCAACUUUGGACGUCUGAAGGUUGAAAGAGAGAAGUGUGCCCGUGCCAAAGAGGCUCUGGAGCUCACUGACACCGGCUUGCUCAGCGGCAGUGAAGAGAGGGUCCAGGUAGCACUGGAGGAGCUGCAUGACCUGAAGGAGGUGUGGUCAGAGCUGUCCAAGGUGUGGGAGCAGAUUGACCAGAUGAAAGAGCAGCCGUGGGUGUCAGUUCAACCUCGCAAGCUUCGUCAGAAUCUGGAUGCUCUCCUGAACCAGCUCAAAAACUUCCAAGCAAGACUUAGACAGUAUGCUUCCUACGAGUUCGUCCAGAGGCUGCUGAAGGGAUACCUCAAGGUCAACAUGUUGGUGAUUGAGCUGAAGUCAGAGGCUCUGAAGGACCGCCACUGGAAGCAGCUGAUGAAGCGUCUACAUGUCAAUUGGGUCCUGUCAGAACUGACCCUUGGUCAGAUCUGGGAUGUGGAUUUGCAGAAGAAUGAGAUGGUGGUGAAGGAUGUGCUCCUGGUAGCCCAGGGAGAGAUGGCUUUGGAAGAGUUCCUCAAACAGAUUCGUGAAGUGUGGAACUCCUACGAGCUCGACUUGGUGAAUUACCAAAACAAGUGUCGUCUCAUUCGAGGAUGGGAUGACCUCUUCAACAAGGUCAAAGAGCACAUCAACAGCGUGUCUGCCAUGAAGUUGUCCCCUUACUACAAGGUGUUUGAGGAGGACGCUCUGAGCUGGGAGGACAAGCUCAAUCGCAUCAUGGCUCUGUUUGAUGUUUGGAUCGAUGUCCAGCGUCGAUGGGUCUACCUGGAGGGCAUCUUCACAGGGAGUGCUGACAUCAAACAUCUGCUGCCGGUGGAAACCCAACGAUUCCAGAGUAUCAGCACUGAGUUCUUGGCACUAAUGAAGAAAGUCACCAAGUCUCCUCUGGUGAUGGAUGUGCUGAACAUACAAGGGGUGCAGAGGUCCCUGGAGAGGCUGGCUGACCUUCUUGGGAAAAUACAGAAAGCCCUGGGAGAAUACCUGGAGAGAGAAAGAUCAUCAUUCCCCAGGUUCUACUUCGUGGGAGACGAGGACCUGCUGGAGAUCAUCGGAAACAGCAAGAACGUGGCCAAGCUGCAGAAGCACUUUAAAAAGAUGUUCGCAGGCGUCUCCAGCAUCUUGCUCAACGAGGACAACACUGUGGUGCUGGGCAUAUCGUCUCGCGAGGGCGAGGAAAUUGUCUACAAGACGCCCGUCUCAAUCACUGAGCACCCCAAGAUCAACGAGUGGCUGACGCUGGUGGAGAAGGAGAUGAGGGUGACGCUGGCCAAGCUGCUUGCAGAAUCUGUCACUGAGGUCACCUCCUUCAACAAGGGCACUGCCGUGGAUCUGAGCCAGUACAUCAACUGGAUCGAUCGCUAUCAGGCUCAGCUGGUGGUGCUCUCCGCCCAAAUCGCCUGGUCCGAAAACAUUGAGUCAGCCUUGACAUCCAUCCCUGGUAGCGGCGACAUGACCUCCAUUCAGGGUGUGCUGUCAAACGUGGAAGCCACGCUCAAUGUGCUGGCCGAUACCGUGCUCAUGGAACAGCCGCCACUUCGCAGGAGGAAGCUGGAGCACCUGAUCACAGAGCUGGUGCACCAACGUGACGUGACCAGGAGUCUGAUCAAGAACAAGAUUGACAACCCCAAGUCCUUCGAGUGGCUCAGUCAGAUGCGCUUCUACUUUGACCCCAAGCAGACAGAUGUUCUACAGCAGCUGUCCAUCCAGAUGGCUAAUGCCAAGUUCAACUAUGGCUUUGAAUACUUGGGUGUCCAGGACAAGCUUGUCCAGACUCCACUGACUGACCGCUGCUACCUGACCAUGACUCAGGCUCUGGAGGCUCGCCUUGGAGGGUCACCGUUUGGUCCUGCUGGAACAGGAAAGACAGAGUCUGUGAAAGCUCUGGGCCACCAGCUUGGCCGCUUUGUGUUGGUCUUCAACUGCGAUGAGACAUUCGACUUCCAGGCCAUGGGUCGUAUCUUUGUGGGUCUGUGCCAAGUGGGAGCUUGGGGCUGCUUUGACGAGUUCAACCGUCUGGAGGAGAGAAUGCUGUCUGCCGUCUCUCAGCAAGUCCAGUACAUCCAGGUGGCCUUGAGGGAACACAGCAACCCCAACAGAGACAGGAGUGUGCCGGUCACCACAGAACUCUUGAACAAGCAGGUGAAGGUGAGCCCAGACAUGGCCAUCUUCAUCACCAUGAAUCCUGGCUAUGCCGGCCGCUCCAACCUUCCCGACAACUUGAAGAAGCUCUUCCGAAGCUUAGCCAUGACCAAGCCGGACCGUCAGCUCAUUGCCCAGGUCAUGCUCUACUCUCAGGGCUUCCGCACGGCUGAGAUCCUCGCCAAAAAGAUUGUUCCCUUCUUCAAGCUGUGUGACGAGCAGCUGUCGUCUCAAAGUCACUACGACUUUGGCCUGCGAGCUCUCAAGAGCGUGCUGAUAAGUGCUGGCAACGUGAAGCGUGAGCGCAUCCAAAGAAUCAAAAGGGAGAAGUUUGAGCGCGGAGAAGUUGUUGAUGAGAAUGAAAUUGCAGAAAACCUUCCCGAACAAGAAAUUCUGAUCCAGAGCGUAUGCGAGACCAUGGUGCCCAAGUUGGUGGCAGAGGACAUUCCUCUUUUGUUCAGCCUGCUAUCCGACGUCUUCCCCGGAGUACAGUACAUGCGUGGAGAGAUGACUGCGCUCAGGGAGGAGCUCAAGAAGGUGUGCAGGGAGAUGUACCUCACCUACGGAGAUGGUGACGACGUGGGCUGCAUGUGGGUGGAGAAGGUGCUGCAGCUGUACCAGAUAACGCAGAUCAACCAUGGCCUCAUGAUGGUGGGACCUUCAGGUAGUGGAAAGACAAUGGCUUGGCGGGUGCUGCUUAAAGCCCUGGAGAGACUGGAAGGUCUUGAGGGUGUGGCCCACAUCAUUGACCCCAAAGCAAUUAGCAAGGACCACCUCUACGGAACACUUGACCCCAACACCCGCGAAUGGACUGACGGCUUGUUUACACACAUCCUCAGAAAGAUUAUUGACAAUGUCAGAGGUGAACUACAGAAGCGCCAGUGGAUCAUCUUUGAUGGAGAUGUAGACCCUGAGUGGGUUGAAAAUCUCAACUCCGUAUUAGAUGACAAUAAAUUGCUCACGCUGCCCAACGGAGAGCGUCUCAGCUUGCCACCAAAUGUACGUGUAAUGUUCGAGGUCCAGGACCUGAAGUACGCCACCCUGGCCACAGUUUCUCGCUGUGGUAUGGUGUGGUUCAGCGAAGAUGUGCUCAGCACAGACAUGGUUUUCAACAACUUCCUGGCUCGCAUUCGUAGUAUCCCACUGGACGAGGGAGAGGACGAGGCUCAAAGAAAGAGGAAGGGCACAGAGGAUGAGGAGGAGACUGCUUCUCCAAUGUUGCAGAUCCAGCGUGAUGCCGCCGCCAUCUUGCAGCCUUACUUCACUUCCACCGGCCUUGUCAUUAAGGCCUUGGAGCACGCCUCCAAGAUGGAGCAUAUCAUGGACUUCACCCGCCUGCGAUGCAUGGGUUCACUGUUUUCGAUGCUGCACCAGGCCUGCCGUAACGUGGCCCUGUACAACAACAACCACCCUGACUUUCCAAUGCCGAUUGAUCAGCUUGAGCGAUACAUGCAGAGAUAUCUGAUUUAUGCCGUGCUGUGGUCCUUCUCUGGUGAUGGACGGCUGAAAAUGAGGGCUGAGCUAGGAGAAUACAUCCGCCGCAUCACCACAGUGCCCCUCCCCAGUGCUCCCAACAUCCCCAUCAUUGAUUAUGAGGUUUGUAUCUCCGGCGAGUGGCAGUCUUGGCAGGGUAAGGUGCCCCAGAUCGAGGUAGAGACUCACAAAGUGGCCUCGCCUGAUGUCGUGGUCCCGACCUUGGACACUGUGCGCCAUGAGGCUUUGCUGUACACCUGGCUGGCAGAGCACAAACCACUAGUGCUGUGUGGACCUCCGGGCUCUGGAAAGACCAUGACACUCUUCAGUGCUCUCAGAGCCUUGCCUGAUAUGGAGGUUGUUGGUCUGAACUUCUCCAGCGCCACCACCCCAGAACUGCUACUCAAGACCUUUGACCACUACUGCGAGUACCGCCGCACUCCCAACGGCGUGGUCCUUGCCCCUGUGCAGCUUGGCAAGUGGUUGGUGUUGUUCUGUGAUGAGAUCAAUCUGCCUGAUAUGGACAAGUACGGCACACAAAGAGUCAUCUCCUUCCUCAGACAGAUGGUGGAGCAUGGAGGGUUCUAUCGCACAUCAGACCAGACUUGGGUCAAACUGGAGAGGAUCCAGUUUGUGGGUGCCUGUAAUCCUCCCACUGAUCCAGGCAGAAAGCCUCUAACACACAGGUUCCUGCGUCACGUUCCUGUGGUGUACGUCGACUAUCCCGGCCCAGCUUCUCUCACACAGAUUUACGGCACCUUCAACCGGGCCAUGUUGCGCCUCAUCCCCUCGCUGCGGACCUAUGCUGAACCUCUUACUGCUGCUAUGGUGGAAUUCUAUACCAUGUCUCAGGAGCGUUUCACGCAAGAUACACAACCUCACUACAUCUACUCUCCAAGAGAGAUGACCCGCUGGGUGAGGGGGAUCUUUGAAGCCCUGAGGCCACUGGAGACUCUCCCCGUGGAGGGACUUAUCCGUAUCUGGGCUCAUGAGGCUCUUCGCCUCUUCCAAGAUAGGCUUGUCGGUGAUGAAGAGAGAAGGUGGACGGAUGAGAACAUCGACAUGGUUGCUCUCAAACACUUCCCUAACAUUGAUAAGGAGAAGGCUCUCAACAGGCCCAUCCUCUACAGCAACUGGCUCUCAAAGGACUACAUCCCAGUGGAACAAGAGGAGCUGAGGGACUAUGUCAAGGCUCGUCUUAAGGUCUUCUACGAGGAGGAGCUUGACGUCCCUCUGGUGCUCUUUAACGAGGUGUUGGACCAUGUUCUCAGAAUUGAUCGAAUCUUCCGCCAGCCACAGGGGCAUCUUCUGUUGAUUGGUGUGAGCGGAGCAGGGAAGACAACUCUGUCUCGCUUUGUUGCCUGGAUGAACGGACUUAGUGUUUACCAAAUCAAGGUACACAGGAAGUACAGCGGAGAGGACUUUGAUGAGGACUUGCGUACGGUGCUUCGUCGCUCUGGUUGCAAAAACGAGAAGAUCGCCUUCAUCAUGGACGAGUCCAACGUGCUGGAUUCUGGAUUCCUUGAGAGAAUGAACACCCUGCUGGCCAACGGGGAGGUCCCUGGAUUAUUUGAGGGAGAUGAGUAUGCCACCCUGAUGACUCAGUGCAAGGAGGGUGCUCAGAAAGAGGGACUCAUGCUCGACACCCACGAGGAGCUCUACAAGUGGUUUACCAGCCAGGUUAUCCGGAACCUCCAUGUGGUUUUCACCAUGAAUCCCUCAUCGGAGGGCCUGAAGGACAGGGCUGCCACAUCUCCAGCCCUCUUCAACAGGUGUGUGCUGAAUUGGUUUGGAGACUGGUCCACUGAGGCUCUUUAUCAAGUCGGGAAGGAGUUCACCAGCAAAAUGGACCUGGAGAAGCCCAACUACAAAGUGCCAGACUAUAUGCCUAUCGUCUAUGACAAACUGCCCCAGCCACCAUCACACAGGGAGGCCAUCGUUAAUGGCUGUGUGUUCGUACACCAGACACUUCACCAGGCUAACAACCGUUUGGCUAAGCGAGGUGGUCACACAAUGGCCAUCACUCCUCGCCACUACCUGGACUUCAUCAACCAGUAUGCCAACUUGUUCAACGAGAAGCGCAGCGAGCUGGAGGAGCAACAGAUGCACCUCAACGUCGGUCUCCGUAAGAUCAAGGAGACUGUUGAUCAGGUGGAGGAGCUCCGUCGCGACCUUCGAAUCAAGAGCCAGGAGUUGGAGGCAAAGAACGCUGCUGCCAAUGACAAGCUGAAGAAGAUGGUUAAAGACCAACAGGAGGCUGAGAAGAAAAAGGUGAUGAGCCAGGAGAUACAGGAAUCUGUCUACAAGCAGCAGGAGGUGAUCAAGGACAAACAACUGCGAGUCAAACAGGACUUGGACCAAGUGGAGCCAGCUGUCAUUGAGGCACAGAAUGCGGUGAGCUCGAUUAAACGGCAGCACCUAGUAGAAGUGCGGGCUAUGACCAAUCCCCCAGCUGCAGUCAAACUGGCCCUGGAGUCAAUCUGCCUUAUGCUGGGCGAGGAGACCAGUGACUGGAAAAAAAUCAGACAAGUUAUUAUCAGGGAUAAUUUCAUCAGCAGCAUAGUCAACUUUUCCUCUGAGGAAAUGAGUGACUCCAUUCGUGAAAAGAUGAAGAAGAACUACAUGUCCAACCCGAGCUACAAUUAUGACCAAGUCAACAGAGCCUCGCUGGCUUGCGGCCCUAUGGUGAAAUGGGCUAUUGCUCAGCUCAACUAUGCUGACAUGCUGAAACGCGUGGAGCCUCUGCGUAGCGAGCUUCAGAAGCUCGAGGACGAUGCCACGGACAACAAGACGAAGGCUGAGGAGGUGGAGCAGAUGAUUAGGGACCUGGAGGCUAGCAUAGCUCGCUAUAAGGAGGAGUACGCUGUCCUCAUCUCAGAGGCCCAGGCCAUCAAAGCUGACCUGGCUGCAGUGGAGGCUAAGGUGAAUCGCAGCACAGCCCUCCUGAAAAGUCUGUCAGCUGAGAGGGAGCGCUGGGAGAAAACCAGUGAGACGUUUAAGAACCAGAUGUCUACCAUCGCUGGUGACUGUCUGCUCUCUGCGGCGUUCAUUUCGUAUGCUGGCUACUUUGAACAGCAGAUGAGACAGAACCUGUUCACCACUUGGUCUCAUCACCUGCAGCAAGCCAAUAUACAGUUCCGAACUGACAUUGCCAGGACAGAAUACCUCUCCAACGCAGACGAGAGGCUCCGCUGGCAGGCCAACUCUCUCCCAGCGGAUGACCUCUGCACUGAGAAUGCCAUCAUGCUAAAGAGAUUCAACAGGUAUCCGCUUAUCAUCGACCCAUCUGGGCAAGCCACGGAGUUCAUAAUGAACGAGUACAAAGACCGCAAGAUCACACGAACCAGCUUCUUGGACGACGCCUUCAGGAAGAACCUGGAGAGCGCCUUGCGUUUUGGAAACCCUCUACUGGUUCAGGAUGUUGAGAGUUAUGACCCCAUCUUGAACCCGGUGUUAAACAGAGAGGUCCGCCGAACUGGUGGGCGUGUCCUCAUCACCUUGGGAGACCAGGACAUCGAUCUGUCGCCUUCAUUUGUCAUCUUCCUUUCUACACGAGACCCUACGGUUGAAUUCCCACCAGACUUGUGUUCUCGUGUGACAUUCGUCAACUUCACGGUGACUCGCAGCAGCUUGCAGAGCCAAUGUCUUAAUGAGGUGCUUAAAGCUGAAAGGCCGGACGUAGAUGAGAAACGCUCGGAUCUUCUCAAACUGCAGGGCGAGUUCCAACUGCGUCUGCGUCAGCUGGAAAAAUCCCUGCUGCAGGCGCUUAACGAGGUUAAAGGCCGCAUCCUAGAUGACGACACCAUCAUCACCACACUGGAGAACCUGAAGAAGGAGGCCGCCGAGGUCACCAGGAAGGUGGAGGAGACAGAUAUCAUCAUGGCCGAGGUGGAGGCAGUUUCGCAGCAGUACUUAUCCCUAUCAUCCGCCUGCAGCAGCAUCUACUUCACUAUGGAAGCUCUCAACCAGAUUCACUUCCUGUACCAGUAUUCCCUUCACUUUUUCCUGGACACCUACCACACUGUGCUGUAUGAAAACCCCAACCUCAAGAGCAUCAGCGACCACUCGCAAAGACUUGCUGUCAUCACAAAAGACCUUUUCCAGGUGGCGUUCAACCGAGUUGCCAGGGGAAUGUUGCACCAGGACCACAUUACUUUCGCCAUGCUGUUGGCCAAGAUCAGCCUCAAGGGAAUGACCAGCGAGCCGUCCUAUGACGCAGAGUUCCAGCACUUCCUGCGUGGUAAGGAGAUUGUGCUAACUGGCACGUCUCUGCCCAAGGUGAGGGGUCUGACUUCUGAGCAGAGCGAGGCAAUGAUCCGCCUUAGCCGCCUGCCUGCAUUCAAAGACGUGGUGGCCAAGAUUCAGGCUGAUGAGCAAAUCUUCAUGUGGCUUGAGAGCAACAACCCUGAGCUGGCUGUUCCUUACCUGUGGUCAGAAGAGAAGCAGUCUACUCCUAUUGGCCAAGCAGUGCACCAGAUGUUGCUGAUUCAGACGUUCCACCCAGACCGCCUGUUGGCCAUGUCUCACAUCUUUGUGGCAAAGGUCCUGGGAGAGACCUUCAUGAACAUCAUCGAGCAGCCCAUCGACCUGGCCAAUAUUGUGGAUAGUGAGGUGAAGCCCAGUACACCUGUGCUGAUGUGUUCUGUCCCGGGUUAUGAUGCUAGUGGUCUAGUGCGAGAUCUGGCUACUGAGCAAAACAAACAAAUUACUUCCAUCUCCAUUGGUUCCGCUGAGGGCUUUAACAAGGCAGACCGAGACAUCAACACCGCCGUCAAGUCUGGGAGGUGGGUGAUGUUGGAGAACGUCCACUUGGCCCCAGGCUGGCUGAUGCAGUUGGAGAAGAAGCUUCACUCUAUGCAGCCUCAUUCUAGCUUCAGGCUCUUUCUGACGAUGGAGAUCAACCCUAAGGUUCCAGUGAAUCUGCUUCGGGCUGGUCGUAUUUUUGUCUUCGAGCCUCCUCCUGGUGUAAAGGCCAACAUGCUGCGCACCUUCAGCAGCAUACCUGUUGCUCGCAUGUGCAAGGCUCCCAAUGAGCGUGCCCGUCUGUACUUCCUGCUGGCCUGGUUCCAUGCUGUCAUCCAGGAACGUCUGCGCUACGCACCUCUGGGUUGGUCCAAGAAGUACGAGUUUGGAGAGUCUGACCUGCGCUCCGCCUGUGACACGGUCGACACCUGGCUGGAUGACACCGCUAAGGGUCGUCAAAACAUCGCCCCAGACAAGAUCCCUUGGGCAGCCCUAAAAACCCUCAUGGCCCAAUCCAUCUAUGGCGGCCGCAUCGACAAUGAGUUUGACCAGCGUCUGCUUAACACGUUCCUGGAUCGCAUUUUCACCAAGGGGAGCUUUGACAGCGAGUUUAAACUCGCACUCAAAGUUGACGGACACAAAGACAUCAAGAUGCCUGAUGGCAUUCGGCGCGAGGAGUUCAUGCACUGGGUAGAGAUGCUUCCUGACACUCAGACGCCGUCUUGGCUGGGGUUGCCUAGCAAUGCGGAGAAGGUCUUGCUCACCACUCAGGGCACUGACAUGAUGGGUAAGAUGCUGAAAAUGCAGAUGCUGGAGGAUGAGGAUGACCUUGCCUACGAGACCGAGAAAAAGGAGCGUGCAUCGUCCACAUCCGACGCCCAACCGGCUUGGAUGAGGACGCUGCACGGCACCGCCUGCAACUGGCUGCAACUGAUGCCCCAAACUGUCAAUCCACUCAAGCGCACAGUGGAGAAUAUCAAGGACCCACUGUUCCGCUUUUUUGAGCGUGAGGUUAAGAUGGGCGGCAAGAUGCUUCAGGAGGUCCGCCAGGAUCUGUCAGAUGUGGUGCAAGUGUGCCAGGGCAAGAAGAAGCAAACCAACGAUCUGCGCACUCUUAUCAGCGACCUGGUUAAAGGCAUCCUCCCACGCAGCUGGUGUCGCUACACGGUUCCCGUUUCCAUGACCGUUAUCCAAUGGGUGGCUGACUUCAGUGAGCGCAUCAAACAGCUGCAGCAAAUCUCCCAGGGAGCUGCCAGCGGGGGCGCUAAAGAGCUCAAGAGCAUCCACGUUUGUCUGGGCAGCCUGUUUGUGCCCGAGGCGUACAUCACGGCCACCCGCCAAUAUGUCGCCCAAGCUAACAGCUGGUCGCUGGAGGAGUUGUGUCUGGAGGUCAACGUCACCACCGCCCAGGGAGCCACGCUGGACGCGUGCAGCUUCGGCAUCAAAGGACUCAAACUGCAGGGAGCAACAUGUGCCAACAACAAGCUGUCAUUGUCCACAUCCAUCUCCACUGAGCUGCCUCUCACUCAGCUGCGCUGGAUCAAGCAAAGCAAUGCUGAGAAGAGACACAUGGUUACUCUGCCCGUUUACCUGAACUUCACCAGAUCCGACCUCAUCUUCACCGUCGACUUCGAUAUCGCUACCAACGAAGAUCCGCACAGCUUCUAUGAGCGCGGAGUGGCGAUCCUGUGCACAGAGUAGAAAAACACCUGAGUCACAGUCAUAGUUAACCAACCUAUUAAUCAUUCGUAAGCACUGCAUAUUAACCGCCUGUUUUAAGCCUAGUCAAUUAUAAUACUUUGUGGAGCAGUAGUGAACUCAUUUUAUGCAUAUUGGAAAGUGUUCUGAGAAGAUAUUAGAAAGUGUUCUGAGAAGGUGGAGAGGGAAGUUGUCAAAUGGUAAAUGUCAGGAAUCGUGUUUGGAAAGAGGAAGUUGACAGGAAAACCUGUUUUUACGAAAGAAUGCGGAUGUUUUUUGAUUGAAUAAAGCUCGCAGAAAUGAAA